AUGACUUCCCGUGUCACAGUUCAACAUGUUGAAGCCAGGAGUGUUUACUUUGAUGAGUCCAAGUUUCCAUUUAUGAAAAGUGAUAAAGACUUGUCUAUUAAUGGUACUGGUGUUGGGUUUAGUGUUGGUUCUGGUUCAGGGUCCAUGUCAGGGCCUUGUUUUGAUUCUAAGGGGUCUGGUUUAGAAUCUAAUGUUAGGGUUAAUUCUAUUGCUAGUUCUGAUUCAAGUUCUGGUUCUAGUUUUGGGUCUCAUAGAUCUUUACCAGCAUCCUCAUCUGGUUCUGGUUCUGGUUCUAUUUGUGCUUUACCGUCUCCGUCUCCGUCUUCUUCUCCGUCUCAUUCUCCGUCGCCGCCUCCUUCUUCUUCUUCUUCUUCUAUUAUUGUUCAUAAGCCUCGUUCUGUUCGUCGCAUUUUGUCUACACCUUCUGCUCCUCUUGAGUCUCCUACUCUUCCUACUCUUCCUUCUAUUCCUUCUGUUCCAUCUCUUCCUAGUUCUCCUAUUCUUCCACCUUCAGAUCAUGAAGUCUCUAUCUCUCCUGACUCAAGUCCUAUUGUUUCUUCUUCGGAAUAUAUUCCUUCACAAUUAGACUUAUCUGAAGCUGGUCCAUCUAUUAAUGAAUCUAAUAUUUCAGGUGAUUCUGGGAUCUCGCAACGAGGGGGUGAUAUUGGGUUUCAACCGUCUAUCAUUGCUUCGUCUCCCACUCCACCACCUUCUGUUGAAUUGGAAGUAGUGCCACUUAGUCAAGAAUCUCCUUCGCCUGAUCUAGUUAAUUCUCUUGACCAAGCUGGUGUUAGUGUUGUCACUAAGGAUGAUACUCAAGCUGUUUUGCCUAAAUCUCGAUCUCGUGUUGUUGCUGUUCGUUUACCUUCUAUAACUCCUGCCAAACGCCCGAGUUCAGAUGACAUUGUUUCACCUCCUUCUAAACACCUUUGUGAAAAUUCUUUGAAACAAUCUCCAGUGUCUGCAACACCUGCAAAACGUCCAGCUGAAGAAGAGUGUAUUUCUUAUCGUCGUCUCAAAUCUCUCCGCUUUGAGUAUGAUGAUGUGGCUUUACUUGUUUUUACAGAUCCUAGUAGUUUUGAAGAAGCUAUGUCUAGUGAAGAAGCUGAGUUUUGGCUUGAAGCCUGUGUUAUUGAAAUGUCGUCUCUUAAACGCAAUGGUACUUGGGAAUUGGUUGAUCUCCCACCUGGUCGCAAGGCUAUCAAUAGCAAAUGGGUGUUUAAAGUUAAGCGCAAAGCUGACGGUUCAAUUGAACGUUACAAAUCUCGUCUCGUGUGUAUUGGAUUUUCGCAAGUUGAAGGUAUUGAUUAUACUGAAACUUUUGCUCCUGUUGUUCGUUACGAGACUGUAAGGAUUGUUCUUGCUAUUGCUGCUCAGUUUGGGUUCCAGGUUCAUCAUAUGGAUGUCGAGACUGCAUUUCUUAAUGGUGAUCUCAAAGAAGAUACUUAUAUGAGACAACCUAAAGGCUUUGUUGUCAAAGGCCAGGAAUCUAAAGUGUGUCAUUUGAAGAAGUCUUUAUAUGGUUUAAAGCAAGCUCCUUUGUGUUGGAAUGAGAAGAUUCAUGGUGCUCUUGUCAAACUUGGGUUUAUUCGUAAUGAAAGUGACUACGGUGUGUAUACCAAAGGAUCUGGGUCUACCAUGGUCAUUAUCGCACUGUAUGUUGAUGAUUUACUUAUUUCUGGCAAUUCUUCUGAAGUCAUUGCCAAAACCAAGUCUUCUUUGUCAUCUAUGUUUAAGAUGAAAGACUUGGGCCCAGUCGAGCAGUUCCUUGGCAUGAGAGUUAAGCAGUCACCUUAUCAUAUUACUGUGGAUGUUUCACGUUAUAUUUUUGACAUGUUGGAGGAGUUUGGUAUGCAGAAUUGUUCAAGUGUCAAGACUCCUUUACCCACUCGUGAUCUUUCUGAUUUUUCCGAGUCUGACUCUGCUACCGAUGCCUCCAUGUAUCGCAGUAUUAUUGGUAAGCUGAUUUAUGCUGCUAAUUGUGCUCGUCCUGAUCUUGCUGUUGCUGGUACUGCUGAACUUGGUCUUGAAUAUCGAGCUCAGAAAGUCUACAAGCUUGUUGGCUAUAGUGAUGCCGAUUAUGCACAGGACAAGCAGGACCGUAAGUCCUUUACUGGGUAUGUUUUUAUUCUGUCUGGUGGUCCCAUUACUUGGGCUUGUCGAAAGCAAGUUAGUCCUGCAUCGUCCAGCGUCGAGUCUGAGUACAUGUCAUUGUCGGAUGCGUCUAAGGAAUGCUUCUGGAUUAAUCAGUUGUUGUCUCUUUGCAAGAUUCCUGUUCCGUUGCCAGUGACUAUGUUUGAGGACAAUCAGGGAUGUAUUGCUUUGGCUCAGAACCCAGUGUUUCAUCGUCGCACCAAGCAUAUUGAUGUUCGGUAUCAUGUUGUCCGUCACUAUAUUCGCAGUGGAGUGAUUCAUCUGGAGUAUCUUGAUACUCAAGUGAUGUUGGCAGAUAUGUUUACUAAGAAUCUUGGUCGUGUGAAGUUUGAGACAUUGAGGGGACUACUUGGUAUGAAGGCAGUAGGUGAUUCUGCGACAAGGGGAGGUGUUGAGCAUGCAAUGUUGUCGCAGACUAGUGCAGUUGAUAAUGCACGUGAGUUUGGGUGGGAAACUAUGGUUGAUAACCUAUGUUUAUUUUAG